AUGAGUACAUGCAAUUUAACAGGCAACAAUGAUAGUAAGGACGCGCCCGACCCAAAUGUAACAAAUGAACCUUCUCCAGAAAGAGGAAGUGUCGAGGGAUAUACGAAUGUCGAAAGUUUGAAUGAUGUGAAAGAUACAAAUGGUAAUGUAUCUCAAGUCGAUAAUUAUGGCUGCGGAGACUAUAUUUGGGAUCCCAUUGACUAUCUGCCGAAUAUAUUCAUAGAACCAGUUCAACAGUCCGAUCACUAUCAUUUUGAUAAAGAGACCGGAAUUGUAACUAUCCACGCAGAUUAUGAAAUAAAAGAAGUUCGAGUAUUUAUAAAUGGAAACGAAAAACGGUUUCAACAAGUACUAGCCGAACAAGGAGCCGCUGUUACGAAUAAACCGAAACGCUGUACAGAACAUAUUAAGACGAAAAAUCGAAGCAAAAGACGUACUCCUAGUAAACAAGAAAAGAGUUUUUAUAAGAAAUAUGGAGAGCGUUUCCGUAAAGGGAAUACGAGUUGUCGAAACGAGAUUCUGAAUGAAAUAUUGGACUACCAAAAAAGCCAUCCUGAUUCGGAUUGGAGAAUUACUGAUAGAAGUGGAAUCUAUAAUUGUCUUUUUAAUAACUUUGCGCGUCCGAAAAAGUGA